AUGGCCCCCUCAAGGGCGCCGAGUGCGCUCCUCCUGCACUCUAUGAGGUCUCUAACCAUUGAGAAAUCACCAGCGGCAUUUGCCCUCCGUGCCUUCACAUCGACGAGCUCGACAUAUGAACAAGCCCAAGUCGAGAGAACAUCCUUCUAUCGAAAUCCCGACCCGGAGACUGUCUACCACCCGAGACUGGAGCCCAGACUUGCCCGAGCCGGUAGACCUCCAGUUGGGUCACGCCGACGACGAAUGGCUCUUGCGCAGUCUCCUCGCAUUCCAUUCGAGCAAUUGCCCUACCAAUGUUUCCAAGAAGCGCGCAAGAUCCUGAUCGAGGACCGAGAGGAGAAACUCAGAAAGAUCGAGAUAGAAAGAGCCCGCAUCGCUCGCGUUCGGGAGGCCGAUCCCAGCACAUUUCGGGGAGGAGAGGCCUUCAAACAAAAGAGACUGGCAAGCAUGGAGGCCGAGCUCGAACGUCUGAAGAUUUUGGCCGACAUCAAUGAUCCUAGUGUGAAGAGGAGGUUUGAGGAUGGAAAAGGUGAUAUGAACAAACCCAUAUACAGAUAUCUCGCAGAGAGGAAAUGGCGAGAAUAUCCCCGGAAAGUCCUCGUCCAACGAAUCACGCAAAUGAAGGUGGUUCCAGAUGUCGUUCCCAAUGUCGAUCCUAUACUGGAUGUCAAAAUCGCAUUUGGGAAAAAGGCUGUUGCACCAGGCGAUUUCGUGGCCUCCGACAUCAGCGAGAAGCCAUGCCAGCUUACAUUACAAGCUUUCAACCGCGGCGAGAAGCUGGUCACCAUCGCCGUUGUCGAUCCCGAUGUACCGAAUCUCGAGACCGAUAGCUUUGACUCCAGAUGCCACUAUCUAGCGUCCAACAUCACCAUCUCCCCGACCAAACCUCUGGUCGACCUGACCAGAUUGUCCCCAGAUUCUCAGGUUCUUCUGCCGUGGUUGCCGCCUCAUGCACAGAAGGGAAGCCCCUACCACCGACUGUCCAUCGUCAUUCUCCAGCAAAAAGACAACAUUCCCAUUGAUGUUGAGGUUGCCAGGCAGAAGGCUCAGCGUGACGGAUUUACAGUCCGCAGCUUCAUGAGCCGGCAUCUGUUGACUCCAAUCAGCGCGUCUUUGUUCCGGACCAAAUGGGAUGACAGCACGGCUGCUGUCAUGGAAAGAGCUGGUCUCGCGGGCGCCGAUAUUGAGCUCAAGCGGAAGAAGGUCGAACCGCUGCCAUAUAAGAGACGCAACCCGUCCAGUUUUAGAUAG